UCGAGCGAAGCCGAGGGUGGUCGAGGACAACCGGCUGCGCACGAACCACGAAUCACCGCGGGAACCUGUCGCGCGCCACGAAAGUCGAACAGUCUCUCACUGGCGCCCGGCGCGGCGAGUGGCCCGAGAGACUGGAUUUCGUGCGAGUCGCACAGAGCUGUGCGAUCAUCGUUGAACGGGCAAGAGUGGAAGAACGAAAGGACGCAUAUAGAGAAGCAUAUCGACAGAUACGUCAUCCCAGCGUGGGGGCCCGAGUGGACGGUGGUAGACGUUUCAUCCGAGGGCAUCUACCCCUUCUUCGAGGCCCGAUGACCGUCGCACGCGAGGAAGAGGAGAGUCGACGGUGGACCAGGAUGGGCCGUUGUCUGUUCGUCGAUUCCGCACGCCACGUGGUUCCGAGCUUCCUGUCCGUUUGGAUCAUCGUCGUGCUGCUGAACGGUUGCGACGCCUCGUACGAGAUGCAGGGGCCGAGCUUCGUGUCGGAGCCACCGUCGCGGGUGGAAUUCACGAACGUGAACGGCGGCCGAGUGGACUGCAUAGUGAGAGGAAAUCCGGCACCUACCGUCGACUGGCUGGCAGCGGACGGUGGCAGUAUAACGAGUAUCCCUGGAAUCAGACACGUCCUUGGCAACGGGACCAUCCACUUUCCCGGCUUCGAGGCCGAGGUCUUCCGACAGGACGUCCACUGGGCUAUUUAUAAGUGUUCCGCCGUCAACAGCGUCGGUGCCAUCGUUAGCAGAGACGUCACUGUCAGAGCAGUGGUGAACCAGCGUUACGAUCCGGAAGUGCAAUGUCCCGGCGGUUUCCUCGGCAACAACGUACUUAUGCGCUGCAACGUGCCCAGUUUCGUUCGAGACCACGUCACCAUUACGUCUUGGCUGCAGGAGCCUUCCUUCAACAUCUAUCCGUCCACGAUGGGAGACGGCAAGUAUCACAUGCUCUCGAGCGGAGAACUGAUGAUCCUGAACAUCACGCGGGAGGACGCGGAGCGAACGUAUCGCUGCAGGACGCAUCAUCGGCUCACGCAGGAAACGGUCGUCAGCAACAACAUUGGAAGACUUCAAUUGACCGAGAUACGCAGCUCCAUGCCGCCGAUGAUAAACGAGAAGGUGGUUUACAUGUCCGCGAGGCUGAAGGACACCAUCGUGAUACCGUGCGUCGCUUAUGGCAAUCCGACCCCUACCAACAGGUGGUACUACAACAGGAACCAGAGGGAGGAGUCGGUGGAGGACUCGUCGGGACAUUACGUGGUGCGAGACGGUUCGUUGGUCAUACAAGGCGUCCAGGAGACGGAUGCCGGGUCGUACAUGUGCACCGCCAGUAAUUCCGAGGGCAGCGAAUCUAUGGAAGUGAAGCUAACGGUGUCUGCGCCAUUGAGCGUGCACGUUCAGCCGUCUAUCCAGACCGUGGAUCUCGGGAAAGCGGCUCAUUUGACGUGCAGCGCGAGUGGAUUCCCGCAGGCGGCGCUGUACUGGCUGAAGGACGGUCAGCCAUUGAGAACCGGCGCUCGCAUAAGGGCGGUUACCAGGGAACGUAUUUCCGUGAUGUCGGUUGCAAGGGAGGAUCGCGGCAUGUACCAGUGCUUUGUGAGGAACGAGUAUGAAAUGGCUCAAGGAAUCGCGGAAUUGCGGCUGGGCGAGAUCGCGCCGCAGCUGGUCUACAGGUUUAUCGAACAGACAAUGCAGACCGGUCCAUCGGUUUCUCUGAAAUGCAGCGCCGCGGGUAAUCCCACGCCGCAAAUUUCCUGGCUGCUGGAUGGAUUUCCGCUUCCGCAAAACGACAGACUCCUGAUUGGCCAGUACGUGACCGUGUACGGGGACGUAAUAUCGCACGUGAACAUCUCGUCGGUGAAGUCCGAAGACGGGGGCGAGUACCAGUGCAUCGCGAGCAGCCGCGCUGGCGAGGCCAGCCACUCGGCGAGGCUCAAUAUUUACGGUUUGCCAUAUGUCAGGCCCAUGUCGACGGUUUCGGCGGUCGCUGGGAAACAGUUCCACAUCAAAUGCCCGGUCGCUGGCUACCCCAUCGAAUCGAUCGUUUGGGAGAAAGACGGGGUAAGGCUGCCCACCAACAUGAGACAGAGGGUCGCGAACGGCACCCUGUACAUCGAUACGGUGCAACGAGCCGCCGAUCAGGGCACGUACACGUGCACCGCCAGAAACAAGCAUAACUUCACCUCUCAACGUUCAGUCGAAGUGCGCGUUCUAGUGCCACCUAAAAUCACGCCUUUCAGUUUUGCUCGCGAUUUAAACGUAGGGGACCGUACUAGCGUACAGUGCGUGGUCGUGACUGGCGAUCUGCCACUGACGUUCACGUGGCUCAAAGAUAACGUCCCGAUAGAGACGAUCAGGACGUCGCAGGAUGCUCCGUCGUCCAGCCAUAGCCGCGUUCAGGCCCCGGCCAGUCCUGGAGACGCGAUUAAGGGGCCCAAGCGGGGCCCCAAGGCCGACGGCCAGGGCGAACAGUCCCCGAGAAAGGCCAUUACCGUCCGGCAAUAUGACGCUUUUACCAGCGCCCUGAGCAUUAGCACGAUCGCACCCGCGCACAAUGGCACGUACACCUGUCGCGUGGCCAAUGACGCUGCCACCGUCGCUCAUUCUGCACUCCUUCACGUCAACGUUCCACCGCGGAUCUCGCCGUUUUAUUUCGAGAACGGUGUGACGGAGGGGAUGAGGACACAGCUAAUGUGUACCACGAGCCAGGGUGACCAGCCGUUCAACAUCACGUGGUUGAUGGACGACAAACCGAUUCAGGUCAGGCCGAGUGACGGUGCGUCGGCGUCGUCCUCGGCGUCGUCGUCGUCGUCGUCGUCGGGCGGAUCCACCGCGGCCGUCGUCGAGACGGGCAACAACAUACAGAUAAGCGACUAUCCGCCGUUUUCCAGCAUCCUGACGAUAAAUAACGUCAGCGCUAAGCACAGCGGGAACUACACGUGCCAGAUCAGCAACGUCGCUGGCCUGGCCGAAUACUCGACCAGCCUCUCCGUUGCUGUGCCGCCGCGGUGGACGGUGGAACCUAUCGACCAGAACGCCGUUGUAGGUCACGGCGUCUCCAUUGCCUGUCAGGCUGAAGGAUUCCCCAUUCCGACGGUGACUUGGAAGCAAUCGAUCGGCGAUACACCAGGAGACUACAGAGAGCUGGGAUACAGCGGCACCGAGGGAGCAGGGGUUGCCGGGAACGGGUCCUUGGCGAUCCCACGGGUAUCCAGAGAUCAUGCCGGCUUCUAUCUAUGCCAGGCCAGCAACGGCAUCGGACCCGGCCUCAGCAAGCUCAUUCGGCUAACAGUUCACGCGGGCCCGCAAGUAUCGGUGAAAACGCGGCAGGAGUCUGUGCGACGAGGAGAGAGCGUGACGCUGCGCUGCGAGGCCGAAGGAGACGCUCCUCUUGAUCUGAGUUGGCGUGCGCGUGACAGCAGAGUCGAUCCCAACUACGAUGUUAGGUACACGAUAGACAACCAGAAGGUGUCCGGACGGGUGAUCUCGGAAUUGCGGAUCACCCAGGCGAACCACAUAGACCGUGGGGACUACAUGUGCGUGGCGACGAACGCUUACGGCCACGCCAGAGCGAACAUCAACCUGCUGGUCCAGGAGCCACCGAAUUUUCCCCGGAAUUUACACGUAGCCGAGCAAGGGAGCAGGUCUCUGCUGUUGGCCUGGUCGUCGCCGUCCAGCGAGCAGGAUCCAGCGCACGCCAGCUCGCCUAUAACCAACUACAUCGUGCAGUACAAGGAGGCGCAGGACGUGUGGCAUGAGCACAACACGCAGAAGAUGGUGGCAGGGGACAACACGGUCGCGCUGGUGUCGCCCCUAAAACCGGCGACCUCCUACCACUUUCGGGUGCUUGCGGAAAAUCACCUUGGAACAUCAGCGCCAAGCGACAUCCUUCAUGCCCAAACCGACGGCGAAAUUCCCGGUGGACCACCCAGGCACGUGAUCGCCGAACCCUUAGGACCGCAGCAAGUGAAGGUCACCUGGCAACCACCCGAUCGAUCCCUCUGGAAUGGUGAACUUCUCGGAUACACCAUCAGCUACGCCAAUCUCGGAGGGAAUGAUCAAUCGGUGAACAUCACCAGAGUGGGAAUCACGGGGAACGGGGACGGCUCGUACGAUUAUAGGCUAACCGGCCUCCGGAAGUACAGCCAGUACAGCGUGGUGGUGAAGGCGUUCAAUAAUAAAGGCGACGGCCCAGGAUCCGACCCGGUCACGGUGCAGACUCUCGAAGACGUUCCCAGCGCCCCGCCGCAGAACGUGGCGUGCGCCGCGCUAACAGGCCAGAACAUCCAGGUGACCUGGAAACCACCGCCUUCCGACAAAGUUCACGGGGUCGUGCAGGGCUACAAGUUGCUGUACGAGGCGGCCAGCGCCGUGCUGGAGCAGCAGGCCGGCAGGGAGACGAAGAUCAGCCAUGCACUGAGCACGGUGCUGCACGGGCUCAGCCCUUACACCAACUACACGGUGCAGGUGCUCGCGUACACCAGGGCCGGCGAGGGUGUCACCAGCAGUCCCGUCUCCUGCACCACCGAAGAAACUGUUCCGGACGCGCCGGAGCGCGUGAAGGCCGUGACCAGUAACGAGGACGCGGUGGUGAUAUCUUGGCUGCCGCCACGCCGGCCCAACGGCAUCCUCGCUCAGUACACCGUUUAUAUCCGCGUGUUGGACCAGGGCCAGGAGGUGAAGAUCACUAAGAGUUCGUUGCCUCCGCAGAAUCUGCACCACGAGGUGACCGGCUUGAAGCUGCGCGAGUCCUACGAGGCCUGGGUUACGGCCUCCACCAAAAUGGGGCAAGGACCUAGCACCCCGGUCAUCAAACUCCAGUUGAGCAAUACCGUUCCAGCAGCUAUAAUAUCGUUCGGAGUGCCGCUCGUGGUGCCGUGGAGGGUGGACGUCAAUAUGGCCUGUCUCGCCGUGGGUAAUCCACGUCCGACGGUGGAAUGGCGCCGCAGUGACACGAAAUUGCAGCAGAAGUCGGACAUCGGGCCGGACAAUCGGUUGACGCUGAGGAACGUGCAGAGGACACACGAGGGCAACUAUUCCUGCCACGUGAAGAAUCCCCUCGGCUCCGACGAGAUCGCGUACACGCUGCAGGUACAAGUGCCGCCAACUCCGCCGACUUUGCUGGCCACCGGCACCACGACCGACGCGGUGCAACUGCAGUGGAAACAGGGGGACAACGGGGGCGCCCCGAUCAAGGGAUUCCUCCUGGCCUAUCGACGCGAGUUCUCCGAGUGGGAGGAAAUGAUGCUGGACAGGAAGGCGAACACGCACCUUCUCGAGGGACUGCAGUGCGGGACCAAGUACCAGUUCACGUUGGCUGCCUUCAACAGGAUCGGCAGCGGCAGCGCCAGCAAGAUCGAGACAGCCAAGACCAACGGCACAAAACCGAUCCCGCCUACCAAGUAUCAGCUCAUCAAGUCGAACCAGACGUUUGUUACCUUGGAGCUGAACUCUUGGCAGGACGGAGGGUGUCCUCUCAUGUACUUCGUCGUCGAGUACAGGAGGCUUCCUGGGGACUGGUUACUCGUGUCGAAUAACGUGCCGCCGCAAUCGAGAUUCUCCAUAGUGGACCUGGAAAGCGGGACCAAAUACGAGCUCCGUGUCACCGCGUACAACAACGCGGGUUCGACGCAGGCCGAAUACCUGUUCACCACUCUGUCGCCGACCGGCAGUAAUCGAAUACACGACGAGCAUCCGCCGGAAACCGAGGAGACCUCGCUGUUUUUCGACGCCCACGUGCUGGCGCCUAGCGUGAUCUCUCUUCUGGCCGUGUUCCUGGCAGUGGCCGGCGUUUGCUUUUGCCUGAAAACACAUGCGGAACGAUCGGGGCGAGCGAACGACCCUAACUCGCAAACGCAGGCGGCGCUGGAGAACAAGCACAACAUGGAGCAGAGGGAACAGUACUACGCGACCGUGAGGAAACCCGGCCAGCAGUCACCCUGUCGCGAGGUGAGCGCGCUGGAAAGAAUACCCGAAUAUUCCGAAGACAUUUAUCCGUACGCCACCUUCAAUCUGCCCGAGCAGGAAAACCUGUCGGUGAACCCGAUGCGACAGGCGUUCUACUACGAACGCAGCGAAACGAUGCUGCAAGGCAAUCAGUGCGAUAUGGAGCAGUACACGAAGGUGCGAGGAAGAGCGAGGCGGAAGUCGAAAUCGUUCAAGUCGGAGUCGGAGGAGUACGACACCCUGGGCUCGGACAGCGACACGGAGGUCGGUACCAGCAGUCGCACCGAGUCCUCGAACCAUCUGGACGACUCCGGGCCAGCGUCGAUAAUGACGCGAUCCCCAGGGCCGAAUUCGAUCGGGCAGAGGGAGCAGCGACUAGCCCUGGUUCCGAGGCCGGUUCAUCAUAAUGUGCUGUACCACACGCACGAAUCAAGUACAUCAACCGAGCCGUCACCAAUUUCUGAGAGGAAGACCUUCCCGAGGCUCGAGAAGCAAAGGAAUCAAGGAGCAACGCCCGACAUGGGGAUGGACGGUCGCGUACCGGGGAUUCUGCGCCCCGUAAUGAAGCUCUCGGAAUCCGGGAUGCAUUCGUAUUCGAGGGGGGCAUCGCCGAGUCAACCGUCAAGGCCUGGAUCCUUAGGGAAAGAUCCGAGCCCGAGGAAGUCCGUAGAGUCGUUGUGCCAGUUGGAGGAACCCGGAUCGUCCAGAAUGGCAAGGAGGGAAGAGGACUGGGGCAGCGAGCUGUCUACGUUGGAACUGAAGCCGCCGACAGGUUUCACGGACGCGCACGAGACCAGCGAGGCCGAGUGCGACAUCGACAUGAAGCUGAAGCUCCACAGGAAGAGGACGGGUUUUCCUUCUAACUCGCUCUCGAAAUCACCUAAAGACUUCACUAUCACUGUCUAAGUGUGUUAAUCAAAUAUUCGAAGAAAAAUAAAAAAAA